UCUAGAAAAAAUUUGCCAACAUCUAAUGAACAGAGCGAGAUGGAAUAAUAACGAUAAAAAUUUAAAACAGAGUGAAAAGACUUUUUAACUGUUGUUUUUGUAGCCAUCGCUGUCGUUGCUUAAGCUCCCUAUUCUUAGAUGAGAGACUGUAUAAAUCAAUCACAACCGUAACACUUCAAGUAUGAUUAAUUCAAAUGAUGGAAGUUUGGAUUAACAUCACAUGUACAUGUAUUUUUUUGUAUUUUUGACCUCCACCUUCAUGUCUCUGAGGUUUUGCAGAGUAACAGAGGAUUAACAGCACCUGGCAACUUGAAAUCUUAGUGACAGCCCUGACUUUGCUAAAUAAUGUACAAAUCUUCAGUUAUUUUAAUCAAAGUAAUCACUAUCAUGACUUUUCUCAAAUGGAUGUACUUCUCUGUGCAGUCAGACCUACCAAGAGUACAGCGUGAAAUAGACGCGAUGAAGAACCUGACCCAUCAACAUGUUUGCCAACUGUAUCAUGUGAUCCAAACAGAGGAAUAUAUCUUUAUGGUUAUGGAGGUAUGUUGCUUGACAUGCAGUCAUGUAGUCAGUACUGUCAGUAUUAAUUGGAAAAAAUAAUGUCCUGUUCUUUAGAUUCAUGUAUUAGACACAAGUGUUCAAUUUCUUUCAGUAUGCUCCAGGAGGUGAACUUUUUGAUUACAUUGUUGCCAAGGAUAAGUUGAGGGUAGGUUGUAAGAUUAAUGUGAUAUAUUAAUGUAACAAUAGCUUUUAUACAAAGAAUGAAACAUGAUGUACAUACAUUGGUGUAAACAAUAAAGUUUUAGUUAUACUUUAUUGACCUUUCCCCUACAGGAAGACGAGGCCAGAGGGUUCUUUAGACAAAUUGUUUCUGCAGUAGCCUAUAUUCAUGACAGAGGAUAUGCUCAUCGAGACCUUAAACCAGUGAGUGACUUUUUUUUGGUCUAGUGAAUGAAAUUACAGUGUAAUUAGGGUGAAAAUUAUGUGAGUUGCACAAUCAUUUUAUCUGAUCUGACUUUAGAUUUUAUUUAUUUGUAUCCUUUCAGGAAAACCUCCUUCUCGAUGAUGAUCAGGUAGGAAAAUGAAAUAAUUAUUUACAUGUACAAUAACAGUGUAUGUCAUGAAGAUUCAUCUAAUUUUUGUUUAUGGCUUACUUGUGUAGUUUUAUUUUACAUGUAUGUACAGCUUAUUUAAACAAGUUAAACUUAGAACAAUCAUCAGGGUAGUUAUAAUGGAGACUUUUGUUUGAUCAUAAUUGAGAGAGUUGAGUUACUUUCAUUGUUGUUGUUGUUGUUGUUGUUUUUUUUAUCACUUCAUUUUUUCUUUAUUGACAGAACAUCAAACUGAUUGAUUUUGGAUUGGUGGCCAAACCAAGAGGUGGCAUGACCGAUCAUCUGGAUACAUGCUGUGGAUCUCCUGCCUAUGCAGCACCCGGUAGGUUUUCCAAUUUAAAUGUGGCUAAAUGUAAUUUAGGCUAAGUUAAACGCGAGACAAUGCUGGCCAGUGGUCUCCUUCACUAAUCGUAUGUGGGGCGGUCUCGGGGUCUAUUUAGCAAGUCUAACCUCAAGACGGCACUAGUGGGACAGCGGUUGAGGCCCAGUCAGGCAGGCUUGUGCGGAGUGGCUGCUUGGUCUGCAGCGGCUUUCAUGUGAUUGCAUAUCUCAGCUCUGCUUUGCUUUGCUUUGUUUCGCUGAUCUUUGCAGAUCACUUCUACAUGUAAUCACGACCUGUGAUAUCUGCCGGUUUUUGCUCCCAAAUCCUCCCACCCGUGAACAAGCAAUUAUAUUAAUUAAUUCAUUAUCAUCAUCAUUGUUAAGGGGCAAAGACACUACUAUGUGAAAGAAAAUUAAUAAGCUUCCCAUUUCGCUAAAGCUGGGCUUGAAAAAGAGUCCCAUCUGGUAGUCCAGGACACUGAGUACAUGUAAAUUUCUUGUUGGGCAAGUAGCUUUUAAAACUCGCUUGACCAAUGGGCGAGGGUCAGGCAAGUCACUGUCAUUAACUAAGACAAGCAAGAAGUGGCUUCCUCAGUGUUCUCCUUAUCAGGCAGUUUACUGGUGAAAUUUACCAUCUGAAGCAACACUUCUUACUGCCUGCAACUGCUUGAAGAUUUAUUAAAAUUAUAUACCCAUUGUGAUCCGAUCCAGUAAGGUAAUGAGUGAGUGUACUAAGUAUGCACAGCUUUUCUUUUUAUGGGCCACCCAUUUUGGAAAGAGAGCAUUGAAGACAUUAUUGAAUCAAACAUUUUAAAUUGUUGUCUAAAGAUAACAAUGGCUGAUUUGCGUAAAAUACAUGUAGGUCUUAAAAUGGGGGAGUGACGUUUCAGAGAACUUAGCCCCUAAAUUUCACAGCGAAGUCAAAGCCAUAACCUUCACUCCACUGCCCCCCUCCCCCAGGAAGAACACUGACUUCUGCAAGCAAAAUUUGAGAGCUGCUUGCCCAAAGAAGGAUAGGCUAGAAUUCAAGUUCUUUCAAUCCCUGCAAUGGACAAAUCUCAGGGAAGUUGUUACAAAAAGUAGUAGUUUGCCAUGUAAGAACUUGCUUGUUGUUUAUUGUUUGGUAUCAUGUAAACAAGUGUACACUCUUUGUGGUUAAUAUGGAUGUUAAAAUUUCACUUUAAAAUGUAGUUUAACUGUUGUACUUACAUGUACUGUAAACUUGACAUUUUAUGCAAUUUUUGUUUUCUUUAGAACUCAUUUCUGGUUUUCCUUAUCAUGGAAAUGAGGUAUGAAAAUUUUCCUUUAUUGUUGUCCUUAGAAACGUCUAAAGCAAUGGCUAAGUCCUAAUUGUUGCCCCUAAAGGAGCUGUAUAAUUAUUGUCUCCUUAAGGUGGCCUGAACCUAUUUAUGUUCCUGUUGGUGGCGUUUUUUAAUCGCCUUUUUCAAGAAGAACGAUUUAACCGAUUUCUAUGAUUUUUGGCUUCCUUAAUAAAGAAUAGUGGCACUUUAAGAAAAUGUAGAUACAAAAACGUUUGAUAUAUCGGCAUACGUUUAAAACCACAUUUUUACGAAAAAUGAAACUAACUUCAAAAUUUCCCUAACUUCAGCAAAUAAGCCUCAGAGCUCUCUACUUUUAUACCCAUAAGUUCGGGCCACCUUAAGGGUAAGGCGUUUUCAUGCAUACAUGUAAUUGUAACAACUUGGUAUUUGCUGUCCUUAGGCCCGGUUCAGACGCGGAGUUCACAUUUCAUGAGCCGAACGUGAUACGUUGAAUUAAGUACAUGAAAAGUUCGGCGUCUGAGUCAAUUAGGAACGCCUGUUUCAAUUUGGAACGGCUCAGCCGUUAAUUUCGCCUUUGAAGCUACUUUGGAACCGCUUUCAUUCAGAUGCCGAUCUUUUCAUGUACCGAACCUAAUGCAUAUAUAAUGAUUAUUAUUAUUAUUGUUAUUAUUAUAACGUAUUUUGUAGGCAGUUUGGCCGAAAUAAGCGUUUUUCGCCUUUUGAACUUCAGCUGCGGUUAAGAUCGGCCUCUGAAUCAAUUCAGCUGGUCUAAAUAAUUUGGGUCGGCCUUAAUUCAAAUCAGGUUCGGCUCAUGAAAAGUUCGGCGUCUGAACUUGGCCUUAAGGGCCCUGUCACACUAGCUGGCAAUUUUUUGUGCAAAUAUGUCUCGCCCUUCUUAAAACUCUGUUAGGUUGAUCUGUGGAGCAUGGGUGUACUGCUGUAUGCGCUCCUUUGUGGAUUUUUACCAUUUGAUGACGAUAACACCUUCAAGUUGUACAAGUUAAUUCAGGUAAAUCUUUUAGAACAAUUUUCAUUUCAAUUCUAACCUUUGUCAGUUGGAAGAGUCAGUAUUUGUUAAAGAAAUAAACUCCAGUUUUAAUUUUGAGUCUGGAAUCUAGUCUGAGAAAAUAGCUUACAUUUCGCGGCGCUACCACAGUUUUCUUCCCACAAAUUACGUCUGGAACGAGCGCAGAAAUUCCAUACUGAUGACGUAUCACUACUCAGAGAUGGGUAGUGCUUCUGAUUGGUCGUGCCAUGUGGGAAAGGUCCUUCAACCAAUCAAAAGCACCACCCAGAUCUGGGUAGAGAUACGUCAUCAGUAUAGAAUUUCUGCGUUCGUUCCGUGGACGUCAUUUCGCGGUGAAAACCAAUGGUGGCGUGGCGAAGUAUUGGCUGUUUUCUAGGGCUAGACAAACAUUGAUGGUGUGACCACUAAAGUGAAACCUCUUCAGCAGUACCUUCACUUGGUACCAUUAAUUUUACUAAUUUAGAAUUCAUGUAGUGAUAUCUAUUGAGGCUGCGUACAAAAUCCUACGGUGUUUUUUUUUUGCAAACCUGAAACAAUAGUUUUAUGAGUGAAUUUAUAAGUGACAUGAUAAGUGAACGUUUGCAGCGCAUCAUGAAGAAAGUUUUGUUUCUGCUUUCUUUAAGGUCUAUAUUGAUCAGCUAUAACCUUGAGUCUAAAAAAGUGAAUUUUUGUUUUGAAACAAGUCUGGAAAAAGUCUUGUAUUUUUGAAUCCAAAAAUCUGUACGAACCCUGUAACCAUAUUUUUUUGACAGCACUGUCAGCUUUCCAAUAAAUAGGAUUUUUGAAACCUUUUCACCGAAUUCAACGAAUGUCUUUUAUGUUUAUUUACUUUGCAGAAGGGAGAGUAUGAAGUACCAGAAUGGCUGUCACCAGGUAAUUUUAUGUAUGCAGCCUAUAUGAUUGGACUUAAAAACGCAAGAACCCGUAUUUCGGCGCGUAUUGAAGCCAUCAGUGUACGUACAUUCACUAGAAAUAGAAGGGGAAAGGUGGAAAAUCGGCGAGCGAAACGAGCUGAGCGGUAGUCUGGGGAGGGAAAGGGUAGCGGAGCCUGGAGACAUGCCUUUGAUGCCGCCGAUCGGCUAAAUGAAAUCACUGACAACAAACAUUUGAGAAAAGUAGAAAACUAGGGAGGCAAACGUCCGAAUGAAAAAUGACAGAAUCUAGAUCCAGACAGCAAACAUAGAAAACAGAAUAACGAACAGAGCGAACAUUUCGAAUAAACAGUGCAUAAAAGCGAGAUUGCAGUACUCACAGCGCGCUCGCUUGUCUCCAUAUGGGAACGUUAGAAUGAAGAAAAAUUUUCUUAGGGGACUGGACUUGUAAUAAUUUGUCUGACGAAAACCCCCAGGGGACCCCUGCUCUAGUCAUUAGUCCACAAGGGUGAAGGACGCGGUCCACACUCUUCGAUUUUUUUUUUCCAGCACAUUUUUUCCCCUUUUCUCGUCCUCAGACUCCUCACUGUCAGCGUAACCGGAGUUGCCUGCGGAGGAGGCUAACAGAGAACAUAGCUUUGUUUACAUCUUUUACUUUUGUUUUUCACUUGUAGGCAGUGCCAAAAUUUUAAGCCAGCUGUUGCAGGUACACAUUAACAAAUAGUUAUGUUCAGUUUUUCUGUUUUGGAAGGAUAAACAUUGACCUGUCAACAGACCCUCUAUAGGGAGCUUAAGCAACGACGUCGACGACGACGAGAACGACAACGUGAUAAAAGCACUAGGUUUAGAUUAGCAACACAACCAAUUAAAGCGUGCAUCACGCUUUUUUGUACUGGGACGUUUGGAAAACAAGGUCAAGGGAAAAUAUAGCCUGCGCGCAGACAAAAUUAAACUCUGGUUAACUCCGUCUGCGAAACAGCGCCGAAAUCCUUGUUCUGGACUUCCAGCUGUGUACCCAGAUUUGAGUACGCACCACGAUUGGCCAGUUAAAAAAGGCCUUUGUUUUGUUUGUCGUGUUUUGUUUUGUUUGUCGUGUCACUAUCUUGGAACCUGGAACAAGCUUUGCUUAACCACGACGUGAAACUGCCUAAUUUCUCGUUUUGUGGAUGACGUGAACUCUGGGUAAACAUGUGAAGAGUUCGGUUGUAUGGCCUGUGAAAUUUUCCAAGGGAAGCGGCAAGAAUUGACUACAGCUCGUUUCUUGUCACGUCCUAACAGGUAAACCCCAAGAGACGGGUAACGAUUAAAGGCCUUUUGAACCAUGAGUGGAUGAUGAAAGGUUAUGCUGCACCUGUCAGAUGGACAAGCCGCAUUAAGGUACAUGUAUACACCUAAUUCGAUUUAGGUUGCUUUGGCGAUUGGGCAUUGGGUACAUGUAUUUGGGCAUACAGAACAAUUCGAUGAUUUGUUUGAGAGACCACCAAACAAUAGUUUCCGAAUGCCCAAUUACCAAUGCCCAAAGCAACCUUUAUUGAAUCAGCUCUAUGUACCGCAUAAUCACAAACACAUGCUAUGUCUCUGAAUAUAUUUGAAAGUCACAAUAGAAAAACGGGGCUGCUUGUCUUAUGUUGUUGUUGUUGUUGUUUUACAAUAAGUAUUAAACCCUUACAAAAAUGAAUUGACAAAAUUACUUUUAUUAAUCAAUUUGUUGUCUUGUUUGAAAAACAGAAGGACAAACCUGAUCCGGAUGUUCUGCUAGAGAUGGCCUCAUAUUACGUUGUAUCGGUUGAAGCCAUGAACAAGAGAUUGAUGGAUGUAAGUGUAUUUUGUACGUCCAGAAAACAUUAUGUUGUUGUGUUCUGUUAGCCAGCGUGGUAGGCGUAAAAAGGGGAUUGGUGGGGGGGAGAACAAAAGGAAGAGGAUGACCUCCCCAAUCCCCCUCUCUUUCCCAUCUUCCCCAGGGCUCGAAAACAGCUUAUAUUCCAGCUUGUCCUUUGGGCAAGCAGCUUUCACAUUUUGCUUGCCCGAGACUACUUCUUGCUCGUCUUUAUUUAACGAUUUUGUAAAAGGCUGACUUGCCUGACCCUUACCCAUUGGGGAAAUAAGCUACUUGCCCAACAAGAAAAACUACUUGUCACGGACUAUCGUACCGUACGGGACUUUUUUGAGCCCUCCAUUUCCCUACCGCAUUGUAACAAGCAAGCUACGUUUUGUAGUUAAACCAAACUUUAAUGUACUUGAUUGUUGUAAAAUGUUCCAUUUCUUGGGAAAUUAAGUUUGGAAGGCUUCGAAACAUGGCGUUACUGAGGAAAUUGAUGUGUGUCAUAAUGAAACAGGAUUAGUUUUUAAGGCACGAUAGGCUAAUGAUCAUCCAAAAGUCGAGGCUUAAUGGAAGAAUAAACUGACCCGUUUUUUGAAGCUGUUGCAGGGCUCAAAAUAAUUCUUAUACAGUGGCCGGUUAAUGAUAUAUUUUAAAGUAAAAGCUAAAUAAGACAAAAUUAUGGCUUCGUAUGCUCAAAAACUCGUUGUAUUGCGAGAUGUGGAAAAAUUGAAAGAAACGUCGUUGAACUGUUUAAACAUUUAAAGCAUUUUACGACAUAUUCUUUCUCAAGAGUUUGUUUAUGAAAAGACACGCAACGAAAAUUUGUUUGGAGAAAUGGUCAUCUUGGCCGGACAUUGUCCGUUGACCGACCUUCAUUUAGAGCCCUGCGUUGACACAAAUAAUCAGAAAUGCUUUUUUACGAUGCGGGGUGUAGUCAGGAUGUCUGUAGGACGAUAAAUAUGGCACCGCCUGCUAUAAUUUAUUAUUAUUAUUAUUCUUUUUAAUCACACUUCAGCCUAGUUUUAACAUUUUUAUUUUCAGUGGAAAUAUGACGAGGUGACAGCGAUGUAUUUCCUUCUUUGCAAAAAGAAAAGCAAAGGCCAACCUCCGGAGCUACUGCCAAGAUACUCCAAGUAAGAAUAACGAAUUGUUCCCUUUUUCCCUAUACCGGCUCAAUCUCCAGUCUUGGGUGCGUGAUGCACCCGCGAUUCUCCUCGUUUCACUCGGGGAGAAUCACGAGCACAUCAAGAUACCCACGGUUGGAGACUGAGCCUACUUUUUCCCCAAAGAUAUGAAGAUACACAGUUUUUUUAGAGAAAAAUGAGCAGUUUUUGAAUAAGGGGAGAGUUUUCUUCCCUCAAGAUGUUGCCAAGGCACUGAAAGUGGCUAAAGUACCUAAAUGUAUCAGGCGUGGUUUCGUCCGUCAUAGGAGAUUCAUCUGCAACACUGUUAACAGGAAAAUUUAUCCAAUAAAUAAAUAAUUUUUGUGAUUGUCAGAUUGUUCGAUCGCGUUUAGAAAUCGCCAUAAAACCCUGCAUUGUCUUUGUCCCUUAUUGUGUUCCAUCAAACCGAGUGAUAAAAAGUUAAGUACCAAUACUUUCGUGAAUCAAGUUUGGAAACGGUUUGAUUGGUUACACCUGAUCUUGUGUAACCUUAUGAAGUGUUUUUUAUGUAUAUGUUUAAAAAUAAUUAUUUUUGGCGAGUAAAUAGUCGACACGAUGCAGAUGACUGAGACUUGAAAGUUUUAUUUUUUAGGUCACGGACAAGAAAGCGUCUUGAAAGCAAAGAGAAUGAGGUAUAAUACCAGAAACUGAUAGUACUUAAACGAGCUAACUCGAAUAUACAAUUCUAUUACAUGUAUCACAAAUAAAACGCUUCCUUUUCGCGCACAUUCAAGUCUAGCCAAACUCGUUUAAACGCUGCUACACAGCGCAAUAGUUCUGGUUUCGGAAUUUUACACGUUCUUACCCAUUUAACUCUUUUUUGGCUUCAACGAAUAUCUGUCUGUUUACACGCGACAAAUGAUAUGAUAAAAUCGCCCGUGUAAGGACUGUUUACAAGGCCGUACCCAAUUCAAAUCUCCCGGAGUUAAGAUUCUUUGUGUAUUGUAUUUGUAUUAUAAUGUGAAACAAAACGUUUUAUUCCCAAGGGGGUUUGAAUUGGGUACAACAUUGAGUUAGCCGAAUAGGUCUAUUCCCAAGGCGUUUCAUGUAUAUUUGUUUGUUUGUUGAUUUUUACGAUAAACUACUAACUAAUUAAUGUCCCUGUUCUUUCCAGCAUCCUAAUGUUCCCAACUCAGAAAACGCAGAAUACAUCCUCCGGCCGCCAAAACCUCUUCCUUACAGUGAACAUCAAUCAAGAAAGGUCAUGUUUAAUAAGCAAGAGGAGAGCAUGGAACCACCCGCGAGGAAGGCCCGAGCUGGGACCCUUCCGGCUAGUGUACCCUCGACACCAACCAAAAAAGGACCAACAGAAAUGCCUCCGCCAUUAGCACCAAUCACACCACGGACGAGGAAAACCCCUGCUAAAGGUAAAAUUGGGUACGGUUAAGGCCCCGUUGACAUUGAGAAACGAAAGAGGGCUAUACUGUCGACCCAGCCGAGUCAACUUUAGUAAACGUUUAAAUUACAUGAGAAAAAAGGUGGUCCUUUUGCCCGAGCCAAGGGCUAGCAACAGCGCUCGCGCAUGCUCUGCUUGUGUUGCCUUGACCGAGUUAACCCGGGUAGGACAAAAGUCGGCCGGGCCUGUAGGGUGACCCUACCACGGAAAAACUUCUAACCUAGCCAACUCUUUUGUUUCUCAUGUAAUCAGUUCACCAAGUUUUUUAAAGGAAAUGUAGGAAAAGUUGGCUCGGGUAGGCGAGUGACCUUUCGACCCGGGACAGGUUUUCUCCCUAUAAACGGGGCUUAAGUACCCAGGGUUCGCACAGUCUUGAAAAGUCCUUGAAUUUUAGGGGAAGUCCUUGAAAAGUCCUUGAAUUCCAUUUUUCCUUGAAAAGUCCUUAAAUUUCUGUGCAAGUCCUUGAAAAGAGCUUGAAUUUUCUUCAACUUUGAAUGUAGUGGCCUGGAAAGAAUUUUUUGAUGCUUUUUGGUUGUCCAAGACAAUAUAAAUCGUAGCUCAGUGAAUGUAAAGGUCAUUUACGUAAAGUGCUCCAUGUUUAAUGCAAUAAUUAACUAUCAGUUUAAGACAAGUGAACUGAAAAAUGUAGAGAAUUUGGUGAAGCAAACAGUUAAAGCCUUAGAGUCUUAUUAGAAUAUACUGGGAAUAUGCAUUUUUGUACAAUCUGUGAAAUUAUAUUCCUAGUAGGUUGUCCUUGAAAAUCUAAUGUGGUCCUUGAAAAGUCCUUGAAAAGUCCUUGAAAAAUGGUUGGAAUUUUUUGUAUGAACCCUGGUACCGUAAAUCCUCUAUUAAGCCCCCGGGGGGCUAAUUUCUUUCAAGCACAGUUAAGGGGAGGGGGGGGGGGCUUAUUUAAUUUAGAAAAGGCGAUGGUAUCAGUUCCCCAUAAAGAACUAGAAUAAAAAGUGGAAAAGCUCAAGUACAAGAAUGUUGGAGGCCAUGCAGCAAAGGAUCAGAAUCAAAUCUGAACUUCCACUUGGUAAAUAAACCUUCUCGGAUCAGUCCUCACAAAGUUUUACAGUCGUGAUUGAUUAAUACAGUCUAUCAACUAUUAGUGAAGAAUAAUUAGGGGAGGGAAGGGGGUUUAGUCUGGAUCGAGGGGGGCCUAAUAGAGGAUUUACGGUACCUUAAUUUUAAAGUCUUUGCUUUUGAUCUUGCACCUUGCACCUUACACCUAUCCUGUAGUCAUGGUGACCGUUGGGGCGCCACGGACCCAGCAACCCCAUCCCUCCAUUUGAUUUUGUUUUCACCUUCUCUUAGGGCAUUGCAAAACUUCAACCCUGUCCACUCAGAGAUACUAUUUUCCCAACGUUUCUUUUGUCGGCCCCUUCUUCUCCCUCCUUGCACUGUUUCACUCCCUCCUUGCCUUUGAUGUGGCGUUGGUUAAAUGUUCAUUACGCCUCAGGCAUGCGACAAAAACAAGAUAAUCUGUCCUAUUCAUUACACAGCACUUUCUCUUGUUCGCGUUUGUAGCAGUCUUGUAACGAUUUUAUCACAAAGGGAUCAUUUUGUUUUAUUUAGGAGCAGCGGCCGAAAUGCCCAUGUCACACUCCGAUUAUGACUUUGGUAACAACGAUCUUACACCAAUGUCUCAAGCAAAACUGUAAGUAAACUUACUUAGCAUGUUAAGUUUUUGUCAAACCUCUCUUAGAGGAUCAUCCGAUGGAGACGUAAAAAUAAAGCUUUCAUCUAGACAACUGACGAUGGGUGCGGUCAUGCCAUUUGCCGCUUACACCUCUAGGUUGUGUCCCUCUUGUAAUGUAAUAAGGGCUACUCACGUGUAGGACUACCAUCCCAUGCAUUGAAAAAUAGACAUACUCCUAGUCGCUCAAUGCAGGGUAGGUUUGAAAUAAGUAAAGCCUGAAUUCAAACUAUUUGCACUGUUUGAGGCUGAUAUAUCAUCAAGCCAUCCCAUCCCUAGCCUGAAUUUCAUCCGAUUACUUCGAGUCGUGAGGAGAAAACGACUCGAAGCAAUCGGGUGAAUUUCAGGCUAUCCCAUCCCUAUAUCGCAUAAGACUCGAACGCUUACGUUUUUUUCUGUUGUUUUCGCAGUUGGUCCCAAUCUCUUGACACAAAUCUGGACAAAGCCACGCAAAGCAGGAAGACGCCAUUUAGGUCUCCUUUUACGCUCGGUAGAAAGCGGUUUGGAUCUCUGGAUACGCCCUCUAGCUCUAGCAAGUGGGGCUCCAGGGUGAGUGAAGGGUCUGUUUUAUGACGUAUAGAAACCUUGAGUUUUGACCCAGUUUCAUUAUUAGAGAGCUUUGGAUUCGAGCUCGAGGGCGACUACGAGUACGAGAUUUUCUCAAUACGUAGUAGUGGGCGAGCGUGAGCCAGCGUCAUUUUGGUGGGAAAACGUGAUAGCAGUGACUCAGUCUACAACGGGUUUUAGCGAGAAUGUCGUAGUGUCGGGAAUAAGUUUUCAAAUGUAAGACGUUUUAUCAUUUUGUUUUCUGGAGAGGGCUUAACGUCCUUCAGUAUAAAUAACUGAACUAACUUUUUUGGUGAAAAAAAGUAAAAUGUCUUUUUUUAGAACACGCACAAAAACUUGAAGUUAAAUCUCGUACUUGUUCGUGUCCUCAAAUCUCCAGUAUCUGCAGGGUUCGACUUUAAUCCAUUUUCCGAACACGGACUUUGUCCGCAGAAACGUUAACGUUGACUCUCCUACAAGUUUAUUGUCUAUAUUAAAGCAAUAGAAAUCGUUUUCUGUGUUUGCAUAGCCUGAUAUAAACACGACAGUCGAGGGUUUGCAUAACUGUCAAACACAGGAAAAAAGUUUUCUAUCGCUUUUAUAAAAUAACUUUCCCGAGAAACAACGCAAAACUCUUUGUUAUGGCACUGAUUAAAGGAGAAAUUCUUACCAGUCGCAAAGUCUUGUACACGAAGUCUUGCACGCGUAAUCAGUUCGUUUUGCAAAAAGGUGCUAUUCAAAAUAUGGAUUUUUCUCGCUUAAACUGUCAGCUGGAGCGAAAAAAAAAUUGACACGCCUUCUUUGUAACGAAUUUCCAAGUUUCAGCCGACGAAGGACUGGUUAAAUAAAGUAAACUUGUCGAGUUUUGAACUCGAAAACUUUUUUAAAUUCGUAGUUGCGUGAUUAGCGUGCGAAAAGCAAAACAUCUUGACGCCACAACCAUGUUUACAUACUCUCAUGCAAACACCCCUCUCGGCCAAUCAGAACGCGCGUAUUUUCUUAGUUAUUUUAUAAACUAUUAUAGUCUUGAAUCUAUCUUUACUGAAAGACUGAUAAAUUGAAACUCGCUGACAUUGACUGUAAAUUUCUAUUUUACCGAAAAGUUAUGUCAAAAAUGAUUCUUGAUAAAAGCAUUAUUUAGGAUUUUGACGUUUUUAAGGGAUUUAUGGCUUGUUAGCGUUUAACAGAAUCGAUGUGUCUGUUGGAGCACUGGUCAUCGUUUGUUUUGCAGGGGUUUAUGGGUAGCAUCGAAGAAGGUCUCAACAGAAUUGUGGAGGCGAUUACACCACGAGGACUGGGAGGGCAUGGGCCUAGAAAAGUCAAGGUAAGUAAUAAUAAUAAUAUUAUUAUUAAUAUUAAUUUCAAUAAUAAUAGUAAAUUUUGGUGGUUGAAAGUUGGUAUUUGAUGUCGAAAUCCUGUAUGAAUGGAAAUAUAUGUAAUGACUCAUAAUUAUUCUGAAUUGCGGAUAUGUAAUGACUAUUUUUCCGUAAGAUCGUCGGGCUCGAUAAUUAUUCUGAAUUAGGGGUGGGGUGUCAGUUUGGGAGGAUGAGGAUAAUCCCCGGCGCCCGCCCCCUCGGUACAUUUGAAAGCCGUGGCGGUUUGACGCGGUAUAUCUAAACGAUCUCACGAAAAAAUAGGGGACUGUGAACAGUCUAGAGGAUGUGAGGGUCCUCCCACUUUCAUGAAAUCCUCUAUGUUAUUAAUGUUGACACAAUACUUUAAGUAAUGUUAAAGAGAUAAAUCCGCCAUCUUUUCGGACCGGCUCAGAAACAUAAAUGAGUUCUUAUUUAAGAAGACAAAACAUUUUUCGUUGUUUCUUGACUUGUAGGCCCUUUAUAACGUGUCUUCGACUUCGACAAGAAGCUCCGAUGAAGUUCUUGAUGAACUCAAGCGUGUUUUGGAACUGGCGGACAUCAUGUUUAAACAAAAAGGGUAGGUACUUGUUUGAGAGGCGAGAAGCUGGAGGUCAUGCAACAGACUAAGAAAGAUAAAAAACAUAUUCAAACUUCCUACUCGUGAAUAAACUAGUCCAGAUCAGUCCAUAAUCACGACUAUCAUUUAUUAGUAUUCACCAAAUCAGUGGAUUGCAAUUUUCGUGCGUUCUGAUUGGCUCCCGUAACUCAGAAUAUCCGUGGAUAUUCACUGUUUUGGGACGGGACUCAAAAUGGCUUUUCGUUUCGUGACAGUUUCAAAAGAUGAAUAUGAAGCAGCUGCACCAACAAAUACCAAGAAAGAGACAAAAUUUGGCUCGUCGGUGUUUACUGGUCGGAAGAAAAAAAUUUUCUUACUGAAUUUGAAACCAACAAAAUCAUGAAAAAUGAUCCCCGAAACAGUAUCAGUUGAAACGAUAAACAAACCCUGACUAAGUGACGUCUUUUAUUUACAAAAAGAUACUUUUUGAUUUUAUCCAACUAAUUUGGUAAAUACUAAAACAACUAUCCCCCUCAGGGUCGGUUCAUUGCGCUAGAUAUAUACGUCGACGCUUCGCGUCUCGGUAUAUAUUCACCAGUAUUCAGCUCCCCUUCGGGGAAUACUUAUAUAUUAUUGAAGAAUAUUAAGGUUGGACUGGGGGCUCAAUAGCGGAUUUACGGUAUUUGUUUAUGUAUUUCUUUAUUUACUUAUUUAUAUACCCAACUGAUAAAUAACUGAAAAACAUAUAUCAACCAGUAUUCAAAUUUGCGCUUUACAACGCCCUCUCUUGGGUAGAGUGGUGCUGUGAUUGUUUAACCGGUCUCUUGAUUUCGUUAGAUACCUUUUAUAGUUAUGUUUUUAAUACCAGUACGUGUACAUUAUGGCGGCUCUCUCAAGUGUUUUGUUAACUUGCAGGUAUGCACUGCGCUGUAAAUCUAUAGACGAGAGAGGCAAAGUCGUCCUUGAAUUCGAAAUGGAAGUCUGUCUGAUUCCGAAGAUGGAAAUGAUAGGUAUGCGUAGUAUUGUUUGAUAAAUUAAAUGGCAAACUGAAAGUCCAACGACAAAAACGUGAGUGCUUCGGUGUAAUUUUAAGAGACAGAAUAAAAAACGAAACGAAGAAGAGGUUUCUGUGCUUGUACAUCAAAGCUUCGCUAUCGCUUAACUUAAAGAGACAGCAUCAGUGCAGGCUGCCAGAGGCUUUGCCGUUUGCCAGUUGUUUUUAGCAACAGAAUGCAAUUCAGCCGGAUUUUAACCACGGCUCAAUCUUUUGUCGCCUCUCUCUGUCUGUAAAAGCAUAAGGAUGAAGCAUUUUAGGUAAGCUGCGAGUUGAUGCCUAUUCUUUUCUCUUUUUGCAAGAGAAUGCUUCUCAUUUUCUUUCUGCUUGCCCAGCAAAAUUGUUUAAUUAAUCAACUAACCAUUUGUUGCUCUCUUGUCAGGUAUUCGCCGAAAGCGCAUGAAGGGAGAUACAUGGGCCUAUAAAAAGAUCUGUGAGGAGCUUUUGUCCGCUGCGAAACUGUGAAUGAAUGCCCAUGCGAGGCUUGGGCAUACUUUGAUGAAAUUCUUUGGAAGUCGCGAGGCAAAACGUUCGAGAAAAUUAACUAUAAAUGACACCAAGACCCCAUACUCAUGUACAGGAUGACUGUCCAUUGGUUACAAGAUCGCGAAUGUAAAUAGAACUUGUGCAAUAUCGAAAUUAACGUUAAAAUUUUUAUAGGCACAGCAAUCGAAAGCUGACCAUCUGGAAGGUUAGAAUGCCGGUUACAGCUCUGUGCGCGAAAGGCGAUCAGCUGCGUUACAAGGUUUUCCCGCGCUGGAGCGUCACGUCAUGUUGGUACUGUUACGGAAUGAUGACACAACUAACCGGACCACGCCCCGUUCUAGCAAGCCUGACCACACAAAUAGGAAAAUCGCACUGAGACGAAUUAAUUUUUUAAGAAUUGUAAAUUGAAAUUCAUGUAUUAGUCCCGGAGAAACACGAAAUUUAAUGUUAAUUUCGGACCCGACAAGUAUUCAAUCUUUCUACACUUUCUUUUGUAAACCUUGAAUGUUUCUUGGUCACGGGUAUUGAGAACCUCGUUAUGUGGUCGUACCCCUUUCCAAUUCUUGUUCUAAUCUUAAGUUUUUUUAUUCUCAUCUCCUGCUCUCUCGUUCCGGGCUCUCACCAUAUCUAACUGUCAGUAGAUAAUGAAAGUAAAUAUUGAGUCGUCAGUGGUUUGGUUACCAUUACCAUUUCGGAUGGAACUGGAAUGUGGAAAUGUUUAGAGACUUAACGAAUCACCAAGAGAAAUCCUCUCGAACGAAGCGCGAAAACCAACAAGAAACUCAAAUCACAUUUGGUGCCGCCUCCGGGAUUCGAACCCAGGCCACACUGGUUGGAAGCGAGUGCUCUCACUUUUGCGCCGACCACCUUGCUUCCGCUGGUCAGUAGUAAGGAGAGGCGACAUGUUUUUACGUGGUGUAUGGGGAUUGUGCAGACUCGUUUUAAGUGCAGUAUACCAGUCAGUAUGAUUUGUGUCCCCAUACAGUACGUACCAAACAUAUGAAAUUUUAGUAGUUAUGUUUCGUUCUUCUCGCCAGUUAAACCUGGGAACGGUUGUAAUCGACAUGUUCCCUGUAGUUUUUCAGAGUUAAAAUUUGUAGGACCCAGCCAUUGAAAAUUAGGAGAAAACGUUUUUCACGAGUUGAGAUACAUGAAGUAU